AUGAUUGGGAGCGUGCUUUAUUAUGGACUUUACCCACUGUCGCGGUUACUGGCGGGUUGGAACACAGAGCCUUCAGCCAGAGCUCCCAGUCCAGAGCCUGUUAAAGACACAGACACCUCAGACAGAGCUCUCACUCCAGUACCUGUUCAAGACACAGACACUUCAGACAGAGCUCUCACUCCUCUUGUUGAUGGCACCGCGCUUUGUGAUGGUGACACAGUCACAUCCUGUCUGUUUGUCCACUCUCAAACUGCUCACCUGGAGGAGGAGCAGCUGCCUUCAGGCCGAGGAUCCGGUGCAGAAACAGAGGAAAGGAUGAGUGCACAAGAGGAGAAAGAUUUUCCAUGUGAAAAAGAUCCAGUACAAGGUCUGACAGACCAAAUACACAAACAGGGCAGGCUAGAUCAUGAUACACUAACAAAGGCACUAGAAGAUCGGCCUGGAAUAAAAGAUGUAUCAAACUACUUCAAUGCAGAAGAAACAGAAGCUGUGUCUGAGAACAACAACAAUGAAGGACUUCUUUCUUCAGAGGCGUUUGAACACCUGCAGACUGAAGACUCCACAGAAACCUGCCCUCCCCAGUCAGAGAGGCCAUGUUUAAAAGAGCUCUUGGCUUCACCUAAACAUGCAACACCAAAAGACCUGUCCAAGAAGGUCAGUGCGGGGGUCCCUGUGGACUCGGAGUGCUGGGAUGAAUACAUUUCAGCUUUAGAAUCUACAAUUGAAAACAGAGAAGAAAGUCCCUUGUGUUUGGUACCUCCUGACCACAGUGCUCAGGCCAUGCCCCCCCCUGAUCACCCCACACAAUCUGGGUAUCACUUUGCUGUGGGUCCUGGGCUUUCAAACGAGAUAGAAUGCCCUCUGUGGAAAUAUCCAUCCCUUAGCUAUUAUCCGACAAUGGAGAACACAAUGCCGUUGGAAGUAAUGUGGAGGGUCUGGGAAGACUUGGAAGACCGCUCCGACUCAACACCUGCACUGCUGCCUUUCCCCUUCACAAAAACUGAGAUUCACUUCACUGUCAUGUCCUACAACAUCCUGAGCCAAGACCUGCUGGAGGCCAACCUGGAGCUUUACACACACUGCCCUCUGGAGGUGCUAGAAUGGAAUCACCGCUGUAGACUGCUUCUAAAGGAAAUACAGCAAUGGACACCAGACAUUUUAUGUCUUCAAGAAGUGCAGGAAAACCACUUCUACCAAGAGUUGUAUCCAGUAUUGACUCAGAUGGGCUACACUUGUGUGUACAAGCGGCGCACAGGCACAAAGACAGACGGCUGUGCCACAUGUUACCGCAGCUGCAGCUUUGCUGAGAUAUCCGUCAGGGAGGUUGAGUAUUUCAGACCAGAUAUAGAGCUUCUGGACCGUCACAAUGUGGCCAUUAUCGUUCUGCUCCGACCAGUGUUGAUCCAAGGCUCUCAGGUCCAGGCACAGGGGCCUCCUCUCUGUGUGGCUAAUACUCACCUGCUCUUCAACCCCAGAAGAGGCGACAUUAAACUGGCACAGUUAGCCAUACUUCUGGCAGAAAUGGACAAAUUAGUCAAGUCCUGUCAAAAGAAAGGGGAAGAUUGUAAUGUAAUAUUAUGUGGGGAUUUUAACUCUGUCCCCCACACACCUCUGUACCAGCUGAUAACUAAAGGAGAGCUAUAUUUCCAAGGUCUCCCUGCAUGGAUGAUUUCAGGACAGGAGGAUCUGUCAUAUAAAUCUUAUAGUUACAAACUGCAUUCUCCUUUGUGGCCCAAAAAACUUGGAAUCAGCGACCGUUGUCAGUACUCUUCAGUAAACCAGGACUUAGAGAAGCACAAGCCUGCAGCAGGAAACCGUCACUACAGUCACGAGUUUCUGCUGCAGCUGCGCUUCUGCCCCGCUGCCUGUAACCGACCCUCCGACCUGGAAAUGAUUUCAGGAGUGACAGAUGCCACACCAGAUGCUUCUGAGACCCACAAAUCUUCCCAGAGGUUCAGACAUGUCCUGAGUCACAGCUUGGACCUCCAGUCUGUCUAUCAGCACGUGCUCCCAGGCUCGGGGAACGCUGAGGUCACAACACUGCACUCUCAGGUGGGGGCCACAGUGGACUACAUCUUCUACUCUCCUCAGCGGCCUGCAGACCCACAGGAGCAAGGAGAGUCUUGCUUAUUGAGGAGCGGUCUGAAGGCGGUCGGUUGCCUGUCGCUUCAGUCGGAGGAUGCCUUGUGGUCGAUGAACGGUCUUCCCAGUCACACGUUUCCCUCUGAUCACCUCAGUCUAUUGGCUAAAUUCCAGAUAAUUGACUGUGAUUUGGUUUGGAGGGACUCAGAAACAAGAAUUUCCAGGAUUAAGUAA